AUGCUGUGGUUUCACAACAACCUGAGGAGCUAUCUUUUGUCCCUGUUGAAGGUGAAUAUUUUUAAAACAAACUCCUAGCUUAGUUUAUAUUUUUCUCAAACUCCGGGCCUUUCGCGGUAAAGAGAAAUCGCUUAAAACUCAUAAAAACCAUUCACAUGCAGUGAACCUGCGACAGACGGUUUGUUUUUGCAGAUGCGCGGAAUUAAGUUCUGUCUCUUACCCUAUUCAGAGCAAAAGAGAAAAGUUGAAGAACCAAUAAUAUUCAAAAAAUACAAAGAAUGGACAUUCCGAAAACAAAUUCGACGUUUCGACUAUCUUACAGUCUGGCAUCAUCAGGGUCAUUCCUGAUGUCGAAAUGUCGAAUUAAAAGUGUUUUAAAACUAUUUUCGGAGUGUCCAUUGUUUUGUAUUUUUUUAAAUUACUCAGUGGUAACCGGAACAUAUAGCUAAUAAUCUUCGCUUUACAUUUUUGGUUUUGCAUGCGGGAAUGUGUACUCCACGUGUCCUUUAGUAAACUUCAAUCAUGAAAUAAUUAUAAAUGGGACAAUUACUGUGAAUGCGACAUUCCCAACAACCUGGGGCCGUUUGUAUAAAAAAGUGAUUAAAGUUAAAGAUGAUGUCCACUCCUGUGCACAUGCGCGAACUUUGUUUACGUUUUGAACUGCUAUAUAUUUCAGUAAAAUAUGAUCCACUAACUGAAUAUCUAACACUUUAAUUCUGGUUCACUAUACUUGUAAAUUAAUAUAAACUGUAUAUUUCAAUUCAAAAAAGUUCGAAGGAUGCAAAAUUUAGGCAAUGUUUAUAUAUGGGGGGUCCCCCUUUGUUAUGAGCAGAACUGAUGCGCAGAACGGAGUGGAAAUCAUCUUUAAUUAACUAUAGUUAGUGGAAACGUCAUCGAAUAAGAAGCGCGUAUUUGAGAGUUAAUCAUUCUUUAACUACAAAAUGUUGGUUAAAAAAGUGAUUAAGAGUUUUUUUUUACAUUGUGGUAAUAUCUAUAACUUAUAACUGUCAAAAUGAAAUUUUAACUGGUAUAAAAAAAUUUAUUAAUAAUUCAUACGAAAAUACAAAGGAAAUGAAUGUUUAAUCAAUGUCUGUAUAUCGGAUAAAGAUUUGUCCUGAUUUACAUAAACUUCGGCUUUAAUUUUCUCGGCUUAGACAUUGUUUAUUUUUAAAAUUUCUUCGCCAAUGAACUCAUAAGAUGGGUCGUUUUUUAACUACAGUUACUAAACAUUCGCAUCCGGAUCUUUAUCUGAUAUACAAACUCUCGCCUUCGGCUCGAGUUUGUAUAUCAGAUAUAGACCUGCAUGCUGCUCAUGUUUUAACUAGUACUUGCAAAUCCUAUUGAACUCUCGUAUAAGCCCUACUCCUUUCUCCACCCUACAAUUUUAGUUUCCUGGCGUAUAUUUCGUUGGAAAAUAAUGUGAAAUAUUCGUGAAUAUCAUCUCUUCGUGAACCAACAUUUUAGCGAGGCGGGGAGGGAGGUGCAUAGUGAACUAAGUAAAGAAACUUACAACCUUACGCUACCCAUGGCAAGUGGUCAUGCUUAUGCUAAGAAACCUGCAUUUGAACAGCUUAAUUAAAGACAAUGCAUUUUUAAAUGUUUGAAUACCGUAAAUCAUUAAAAAUUGCAUAGCAUGACCUGUUGCUAUCUCUAGCAUCGCCACUGCUGCUGGUUCCCCAUGGUAUUUUUCCUUAGAAAGAUAACGUGAAAUAUUCGUGAGUGUCAUUCUUCGGUGAAUGUUAUACUUUCAAGAAGCAUUGUUAGUCGAGGUAUUUCUACAAGUUGUCCUAAUUAAGUAAUUAAGUAAUUGUUCCAGAAUUCACUUGCUUUGCGCAGAGUGUAAUACAUUUACUCUUGGAAAUAGGCUGUAAAUUUUCGGGAUUUUUUAAUUUUUCGACGAGUAUGCCAUUGAACGUUCACAAAUAUUCAGUGGUAUAUUGGCAACGUGGGCCGGGUAAUAGGAUACACAUGCAUGCCUUAUCCGAAGUUUAGCCGCAAUUGUUUUUAUUUCCAGGUAAAACAGUGGAAAUACUGCCCUGUCCUAAUGGAAAGUUGCCCUCACGUCGUAUAGUGCUUAUUCAAAUUUUCAGUGCUUCAUACGCCCCUGCAAAUACUCUCUUCCCUGUGGUGAAAUUUAGUCUCUAAUUCCCUUAAUUAGCUUAAUGUUAUUACAAUAUAAUUCUUGUUCUGUUUUCGUCUUUAGAUGCUGUGGUUUCACAACAACCUGAGCAGCUAUCUUUUGUCCCUGUUGAAGGUGAAUAUUUUAAAACAAACCUCUAGCCUAUAGUUUUUAUUUUUCUUAAAACUCAUAACUAAACCAUUCACAGUGAACCUGCGACAGACGCUUUGUUUUUGCAGAUGCGCGGGAUUAAGUUCUUUCUCCUAACUUAUUCAGAGCAAAAGAGAAAAGCUGAAGAACCAAUAAUAUUAUAAAAAAUACAAACUCCGCUUACAGUCGUCAUCAGGGUCAUUCCUGAUGUCGAAAUGUCGACUUUCGGAAAGCGUAAAAAUACACUCCCCUGCGGCUCGAGUAUUUUUACGCUUUCCGAAAGUCUCGCGACAUCCCUCGUGCGUGGAUCACACAAUCGUGCACGGAAACCAUUCGGUGUUCCUUUACUCCACGAGUCCGUUGCUAAACUUCAAUCAUGAAAUAAUUAAACGGGACAAUUACUGUGGAUGCGACAUCCCCAACAACCUGGGGCUGGUUGUAUAAAAAAUUGCAUAGCAUGACCUGUUGCAAUCUCUAGCUUCGCCACUGCCCUAUUCUUAUGUAAAACAGUGGAAAAGUUGCCCUUUCUUGAUGGAAAGUUGCCAUAUACGACGUAUGGUACAUACUCAAAUUUUCGGUGCUUCCUAUCCCCCUGCAAGUAUAUUGUGUUGGCUUCGGGGAAAUUUAGUCGUUCAUUCCCUCAAUUAGUUCAAUGAUAUAACAAUAUAGUUCUUGUUCUGUUUUCAGCUUCUAGUCCUGAGAUUUCACAACAAACUGGAGACCUACAUUUAGUUAAUAUGGAAUUAGGUAUAAAUAUUUUUGUAACAAAACCUGUAUAAAAAAUAUAAAUUUUAUAAAAAAAUGGUUAAAACAACCAAUAUUUUGGUUGCUUUGAUCAAGUAAAUUUGGUCAAAAAGAGAUGCUUCUGAGACAACAAUUUGAAUUGGUUAUUUCAACCAAUCUGUUUUUUCAGCGUGGUAAUAUCUAACACUGUCAAAAUGAACUUUUAACUGUUAUUGCAUGCAAAUGCUGUAGAACUCUCGUAUAAGCCCUAUACUUUUCCUUUCCCCACUUUACAAUUUUAGUUUCCUGGCGUAUUUUUCCUUGGAAAAUAAUGUGAAAUAUUCGUGAAUAUAAUUUCUUCGUGAACCAACAUUUUAGCGAGGCGGGGAGGGAGGUGCAUGGUGAACUGAAUAAAGAAACUUACUGCAACCUUACGCUACCCAUGGCAAGUGGUUAUGCUUAUGCUAAGAAACCUGCAUUGAAACAGCUUAAAGACAAUACAUUUUUAAAUGUUUGAAUAACGCAAAUCAUUAAAAAAUUGCAUAGCAUGACCUGUUGCUAUCUCUAGCAUCGCCACUGCUGUUGGUUCCCCGUGGUAUUUUUCCUUAGAAAGAUAACGUGAAGUAUUCGUGAGUGUCAUUCUCCGGUGAAUGUUACACUUUCAAGAAGCAUUGUUAGUCGAGGUAUUUCUACAACUUGUCCUAAUUAAGUAAUUGUUCAAGAAUUCACUUGCUUUGCGCAAAGUGUAAUACAUUUACUCUUGGAAAUAGGCUGUACAUUUUCGGGUUUUUAAAAUUUUUCGACGAGUAUGCCAUUGAGCGUUCGCAAAUGUUCAUUGGUAUUCUUAGCAACGGGGGCGGGGUAAUAGGAUACACAUGUCUUAUCCGAAGUUUAGCCGCAAUUGUUUUUAUUUCCAGAUAUAUAAAACAGUGGAAAUACUGCCCUCUCCUAAUGGAAAGUUGCCCUCACAUCGUAGUGCUUAUAUAUUCAAAUUUUCAGUACUUCAUACGCCCCUGCAAAUACUCUCUUCCCUGUGGUGAAAUUUAGUCUCUAAUUCCCUUAAUUAGCUUAAUGUUAUUGCAAUAUAAUUCUUGUUCUGUUUUCGUCUUUUAGAUGCUGUGGUUUCACAACAACCUGAGGAGCUAUCUUUUGUCCCUGUUGAAGGUGAAUAUUUUUAAAACAAACUCCUAGCUUAGUUUAUAUUUUUCUCAAACUUCGGGCCUUUCGCGGUAAAGAGAAAUCGCUUAAAACUCAUAAAAACCAUUCACAUGCAGUGAACCUGCGACAGACGGUUUGUUUUUGCAGAUGCGCGGAAUUAAGUUCUGUCUCUUACCCUAUUCAGAGCAAAAGAGAAAAGUUGAAGAACCAAUAAUAUUCAAAAAAUACAAAGAAUGGACAUUCCGAAAACAAAUUCGACGUUUCGACUAUCUUACAGUCUGGCAUCAUCAGGGUCAUUCCUGAUGUCGAAAUGUCGAAUUAAAAGUGUUUUAAAACUAUUUUCGGAGUGUCCAUUGUUUUGUAUUUUUUUAAAUUACUCAGUGGUAACCGGAACAUAUAGCUAAUAAUCUUCGCUUUACAUUUUUGGUUUUGCAUGCGGGAAUGUGUACUCCACGUGUCCUUUAGUAAACUUCAAUCAUGAAAUAAUUAUAAAUGGGACAAUUACUGUGAAUGCGACAUUCCCAACAACCUGGGGCCGUUUGUAUAAAAAAGUGAUUAAAGUUAAAGAUGAUGUCCACUCCUGUGCACAUGCGCGAACUUUGUUUACGUUUUGAACUGCUAUAUAUUUCAGUAAAAUAUGAUCCACUAACUGAAUAUCUAACACUUUAAUUCUGGUUCACUAUACUUGUAAAUUAAUAUAAACUGUAUAUUUCAAUUCAAAAAAGUUCGAAAGAAGCAAAAUUUAGGCAAUGUUUAUAUAUGGGGGGUCCCCUUUUGUUAUGAGCAGAACUGAUGCGCAGAACGGAGUGGAAAUCAUCUUUAAUUAACUAUAGUUAGUUGAAACGUCAUCGAAUAAGAAGCGCGUAUUUGAGAGUUAAUCACUCUUUAACUACAAAAUGUUGGUUAAAAAAGUGAUUAAGAGUUUUUUUUACAUUGUGGUAAUAUCUAUAACUUAUAACUGUCAAAGUGAAAUUUUAACUGUUGUAAAAAAUUCAUUAAUAAUUCAUACGAAAAUACAAAGGAAAUGAAUGUUUAAUCAAUGUCUGUAUAUCGGAUAAAGAUUUGUUUUGAUUUACAUAAACUUCGGCUUUAAUUUUCUCGGCUUAGACAUUGUUUAUUUUUAAAAUUUCUUCGCCAAUGAACUCAUAAGAUGGGUCGUUUUUUAACUACAGUUACUAAACACUCGCAUCCGGAUCUUUAUCUGAUAUACAAACUCUCGCCUUCGGCUCGAGUUUGUAUAUCAGAUAUAGACCUGCAUGCUGCUCAUGUUUUAACUAGUACUUUCAAAUCCUAUUGAACUCUCGUAUAAGCCCUACUCCUUUCUCCACCUUACAAUUUUAGUUUCCUGGCGUAUAUUUCGUUGGAAAAUAAUGUGAAAUAUUCGUGAAUAUCAUCUCUUCGUGAACCAACAUUUUAGCGAGGCGGGGAGGGAGGUGCAUAGUGAACUAAGUAAAGAAACUUACAACCUUACGCUACCCAUGGCAAGUGGUCAUGCUUAUGCUAAGAAACCUACAUCUAAACAGCUUAAAGACAAUACAUUUUUAAAUGUUUGAAUACCGUAAAUCAUUAAAAAAUUGCAUAGCAUGACCUGUUGCUAUCUCUAGCAUCGCCACUGCCCUAUUCCCAGGUAAAACAGUGCAAAAGUUGUCCUUUUGAAGACGUGUAUAGUACGUAUUCAAAUUUUUAGUGCUUCCUAUAUCCCCUGCAAAUAUUGUGUUAGCUGCGGGGAAAUUUAGUCGUUUAUUCCGUCAGUUGUAGUCAGUUCAAUGAUGAUAUUACAAUAUAAUACUUGUUCUGUUUUCAGGUUCAAAUCCUUGGGUUUCACAACAAGCUGGGGACCUACGUUUAGUUAGUAUCAAAGGUAAAUAUUUUUAUAACAAAACCUGUAGGCAAUUUUUUAUUUUCUUGAAAUUCGGGCCACGCAUACAUUUAAAAAACCACAUGGUUUAAAAAAACCAUUGACAGUGUGAGACAACGACAGCCGCUUUGUCUUCUUUACACAUGCGGAAAGAAGUUCUUAUUGGCAACCUAUAUACAGGGUGUCCCAAAAAAAUCGGAAACUAUUGAAAUCACCAAUAACAAUUUAAUUGUUAGAAUUUGAAUGCCUUAGCGCUGUUCCCACGAGUGCAUAAAUGAUUGACAGAAGUAAAUUUUAUGCAUAAAGAAACUGUUUAAGAAACUGUUUUUAAUUCCCAGGAGCAGAAAAUCGCGCACUUUACUAGGAGAUAUUCCUAACUAAAUUCUAAUACAUGCACUUGUCAAUAUUUUACGCAUCAUUACGUCCAGCUGUUUGGUAGGGCAUUCAAAUUUAACAAUAAGUGAUUUCUAUAGUUUCCGUUUUUUUUGGGACACCCUGUAUAUCGCCAUGUGCUGAUGACAGAAAGUUGCCGAUCUAUACGAGCUUGCAUAUAUCGCUUGAAUUGAGAACAAAAGAGAAAAUUUGAAGAACCAAUGACCUUCUCUUUACAUUUUUGAGUUUUGCAUGCAGGAAUGUGUACUCAGCGUGUCUUUUAGUAAACUUCAAUCAUGAAAUAAUUAAACGGGACAAUUACUGUGAAUGUGUCAUUCCCGAGCAUGGUAAUAUCUAUAACUUUAUAACUGUCAAAAUGAACUUUUAACUGUUAUUGUAAAUUCUAUUGAACUCUCGUAUAAGCCUUACUACACUACACUGUCAUUAAGACGUAGUGCGUCUUCAAAUUUACAGUGCUUGAUACCCCUGCAAAUGUCGUGUUGGCUGCGGGGAAAUUUAGUUGUUUAUUCCCUCAAUUAGUUCAUUGAUAUCACAAUUUAGUAAUUUUGCACAAGUGAACAUAAAUCCUACUCGUUGAUUGGUCAAAUUUGACGUAUUAAGCCGUUAUAUUCACCUGCAGGUGAAUAUAACAAAACCGAAAUUUUCAAAAUGGCGCGGGCUAGCUGUUUUGUGAAAGUUACUGAUAAAGAAAUAAGCGAAACUUAAGGUUACAGAACACCUUUGAGUGUUAAUUUUGCCUAAAAUUUUUUUAUUGGUUUCCAUGGAAGCAUUAGAUUAGUUCUACUAUCUGACCAAGUUUGGACGAAAAAUGUUGAAAACUCGCAGAGUUAUUUAAUAAAAUACAUUUCGCUUGCAAUAAGAAAAACAUUGAAAAUGUAAUAUUCAAAUUCAAUUUUCUCGCGAAGAAUUUUACGGCAAUUACUGAUUUUUAAACGAGUUGUGCUCCUGCGGGUUUUAACGAAUUUUUCUCAAAUUUUCACAGGACAUAGCUAAAGACGUCAGUUUCAAAAUUGUGUUCGGCUUUGGUCUAAUUUUGGAUAUUUUAAUAAUAAGGAGCAAUUCACACAAACAAUUCAGAAAUAUAUUGCAGUCGUCAAAGAAAUCGCCAUAUCGCGGAAUGACGAAAUAAACAAAAAUUUCCGAACACAAUUUUUUAGAACAACUAUUUUACUAAUAGGUUUUGUUUGUGGAAACACCACGUAAAUUUAUUAUUGCAAAGCUUUCGAUCCGUAAGCCCGGAUCUUCAUCAGUGCUAAUAAUAUGUGACUUGUUUAAUUCACACGCUCUUUUUAAAAAGAGCGUGUGAAUUAAACAAGUCACAUAUUAUUAGCACUGAUGAAGAUCCGGGCUUACGGAUCGAAAGCUUUGCAGUAAUAAAUUUACGUGGUGUUUCCACAAACAAAACCUAUUAUAUUUUAUCACCAUGCAAACAUACAAAGAACUUAUAACUAUUUUACUGUAUAAAAAUGAUAUUUUCAUAAAUAUAUCGUAAAACCAGCAGGAACAUAACUGGCAAAUGCGUAAAGGUACAGCGACUUAAUAUUUUCCUGAAUAAUUCUUACAUUAUUUUAUUGUUUGUCAAUUUUACAACUUUAUCAUAUUUUGCAUGCACUGGCUAACAUUUGGUGAAAAUGUGAUGAAAAUCGGACUGAUUUUGAGCGCGCAUUAGCGAUUUUCCACAAAACGCCAAAAAGGGUGUCCUGUAACCUUAAAAUAUAUAUUCAGUCCCAAAAACACAAAAGACUUGUGUAAAAAUACUAAAACAAUUAUUCGCCUCAGGCUCGGUGAUUAUCGGGGAAUAUUUACGUACCUCAACUUCGUUUCGGCGAAUAUAUUUUCCCGAUAAUUACCUCGCCUUCGGCGAAUAAUUGUUAAAUAAUACUUGUUCUGUUUUCAGGUUCAGAUGCUGGGGUUUCACAACAAGCUGGAGACCUAUAUUUAGUUAAUUUGGGAG